AGUAUACAAAUCCAUAUCUGUUCAAAAUUCGUCACCCAUCUCAGACAAUGUAUGUGUAUAGUUUAUAUAUACUCUACAACCAUUGACAUCAUUACAAGGAACUAUUUCUCUUUCUCUUGUCGGUCAAGGAAACGAACAUAUCCGAUUCAAAAUCAAAGAUCCUUGUGUGUGUAUAUAUACACACAUUUAAUGUACCACAAAUGAUUGUAGUGGUAAACAGCAAGAAACAUGAAGGGGAACAAAAACAUUGUCUUCUUCUUCUUCUUCCUCGUCUUGUUUGUCUUUGUCUUCGUCUUAUCUGCGGCAGUGAGCAGAGGGCAAAGGACGACAGCUGCAGUGAACGUUGGGAUCGUGGCCGAUGUGGGAACGACGUUCUCCGACAUGAGUUUGUUCUGCAUCAACAUGUCUCUCUCGGACUUCUACUCUUCCCGUCCCGGGUUCCAGACAAGGCUUGUCGUUAACGUCGGCGAUUCCAAAGACGACGUCAUUGGUGCUGCAGCCGCCGCUCUUGAGCUGAUAAAAAACAAGGAGGUGAAAGCGAUUUUGGGGCCGUGGACUUCGAUGCAGGCUCAUUUUGUCAUCGAGAUCGGGCGAAAAUCUCAGGUUCCGAUCAUUUCGUUUUCUGCGACAAGUCCGCUUCUUACUUCCAUCCGCAGUCCAUAUUUCUUCCGGGCAACCUAUGAGGACUCGUCUCAAGUCGAAGCCAUAAGCGAGAUCAUCAAGUUGUUCGGGUGGAGAGAGGUAGUCCCCGUAUACGUGGACAACACGUUCGGGGAAGGAAUAAUUCCCCAUCUCACCGAUGCAUUACAAGGGAUUAACGUCCGGAUACCUUAUCGGACCGUCAUCUCUCCCAAUGCAACGGAUGACGAAAUUUUUCGAGAGCUUUACAAGAUGAUGACUCUACCUACCAGGGUGUUCAUCGUCCACAUGUAUCCAUCUCUUGCCUCAAGAGUGUUUGUCAAGGCUAAAGAAAUCGGUCUGAUGAAGAAAGGAUAUACCUGGAUCCUUACCACUGGGGUUGCAGAUGUUCUGAGUACGUUGAACAGAAAGGUUGUCCGAAUGAUGCGAGGUGUGUUGGGUGUAAGGACGUAUAUUCCGAGAUCCAAAGAACUCGAAAGGUUCAGAGCUCGAUGGAGUAAGAGAUUCCCGAUUACAGAUCUGAAUAUCUACGGUUUAUGGGCUUAUGAUGCUGCCACCGCUCUGGCGAUGGCCGUAGAAGAAGCUGGGACACCAAACUCGGGUUUUAGUAAGACGACCGACGCAAGACAAAACACGUCUGAGCUCAAAGCUCUUGGCGUGUCUCGAUAUGGUCCGAAGCUUCUCCAGACACUCUCUCGAGUGCAGUUCAAAGGGCUUUCCGGUGAUUUCCGUUUUAUCAACGGACACCUACAGCCGUCGGUGUUUGAGAUCGUUAAUGUGAUUGGUAGCGGUGGAAAGAGGGUCGGGUUCUGGACAAAGGAAGGCGGAAUUGUGAAAAAACUGGAGCAGAAGCCGGGGAGUACAAGCUCUUUUCUCGGACCAAUCACUUGGCCCGGGGAUACUACUUUCGUCCCCAAGGGAUGGGAGAUCCCGACAAACGGGAGAAAACUACAAAUAGUAGUUCCAAAGAGAACAGGUUUUACUGAACUCGUGAAGGUCAAGAGAGAUCCUAUCACCAAUGCACCAGAAGUUACAGGAUUCUGCAUCGAUUUCUUCGAGGCUGUAACUCGAGCGAUGCCAUAUGAUGUCUCCUACGAUUUGAUUCCUUUCGAAACCCCCGACGGCAAAUCAGCUGGUGACUACAAUGAGAUGGUUCGCCAAGUGUAUCUUAAGAAAUUCGAUGCUGCGGUGGGCGAUACGACCAUAUUGGCGAACAGGUCCUUAUACGUUGAUUUCACAUUACCGUACACAAAAUCAGGCGUAGGAUUGAUCGUCCCGAUGAAAGACCGGGUCAAAAGAAGCAGUGUCAUUUUCUUGACACCUUUGACAUGGAAACUCUGGGUAACCAGCCUUUCUUCUUUCUUCGCCAUCGGCUUUGUCGUGUGGGUACUUGAACAUAGAGUUAAUCCAGACUUCAGGGGACCGGCUAAUUACCAAGCGAGCACCAUCCUCUGGUUCACCUUCUCCACCAUGGUUUUCGCACCGAGAGAAAGAGUGUUCACCUUUUGGUCGAGGGUCGUGGUUAUCACUUGGUACUUUGUAGUUCUUGUCCUAACUCAGAGUUACACUGCCAGUUUGGCAUCGGUUUUAAUGUCUCAACAACUCCACCCAACCGAGACAAGCAUGAAGAACUUGCUCGGGAAAGGAGAACCGGUGGCAUACCCUCAGGCUUCUUUCGUUUAUGGAAAGCUAAAAGAAUCGGGUUUCUCUGAAUCUAACCUCAAACCCUUUGGUUCUGCUGAAGAAUGUGAAGGCCUUCUGAGAGCAGGGCCAAGAAAUGGCGGUGUUUCUGCAGCUUUCAUGGAGAUACCCUACAUGAGGCUUUUUCUCGGGCAGUACUGUCACAAGUAUAAAAUGGUUGAACAACCAUUCAACGUUGAUGGAUUCGGCUUUGUCUUUCCAAUCGGAUCACCUCUGGUGGCCGAUGUCUCGAGGGCCAUUCUGAAGGUGGCAGAGUCGAGCAAGGCGGCCGAGCUCGAGAGGGCAUGGUUCAAGAACAAAGACGAAAGUUGCCCGGAUCCAGUCACCGACCCAGAUCCACAUCCGUCUGAAUCCUUUCGGCGGCUUGGCCUGGAUAGCUUCUGGUUUCUGUUUGCAGGUGCUGCCUUUGUCUGCCUUGUGGCAUUGUCGAAAUUCUUUGUCUGUUUCUUGAUGGAGAAUCAAGAAAUCCUGAAACAAAAGGACUCUCGACUCCGUAAUUUGUGGAAUAGAUUCCACAAACGAGAUGAGAAUUCAUACAUCGGUGGCGUGGAGAAGUGUCAAUGUUCAUCAACCCUGACCUGGUCAAGGAAGCCAGCAGAAAAUCGUAGACAGAUCUUUCCUGAGAUUGUCUGAAUUUGUCAAAAGACGGUCUGAACAGACAAAAGCCUGGAGAUUCUAACAGCCACCGUGCAACAUGAACUACUCUGAUUGACGAGUGAUACUACCCUAUUUGUAAACAUUUUUAUAUAAUACAAACUGUAAAGGAUGCAAGUAGCUGAUCCUACCAAUAUCAACAGUGAUUCUAAUCCAAGAAUUUUCCGAAAAACACAGCAAUCGGAGAAGAAUCAAUCCCAAGACAGAAUUCUAAACCUAGGAUUUCAGAGGCCGAGAACCGCGUACCCUUCGGCUGAGAAUCUGAUUUCCUCCUGCACGCCUCUUUUCCGCUUCUCGCCAGCUGCCUCCGAGAUCCGAAAGACAAAA